UAAUAAUAGGCAUUGCUAAGAUAUUUUCUCAUCUUGUAGAGCCAGCUGAAUGGACAAACCCUCCAAUCCACAACAGUGUGUAUUACUGAAGCUGCCAUUGCUGACGCGCUCACGGCGCAGGCGCUAAUCGCCGGACUUCUCCAUUCUUGUCAACUUACUCUUUGAAGUCAAACGACAACUUGUCAACUGGCUGGAUGUUUGAAAUUAAAGGCGUAAGAGGACACCGAGCAGCUCGUUCGACGUUUGCUGAGAUUAAAACUGUGCUUCAGACAAAUUUGACUCUAUAAUCAGAGUUUUCUUGCGCGUAGAAAACUCCGACUGCGCUCUUCAAAUCUUAAGUCCUACAGACUUGGGCGAGGAAUUCACCAGGAUCGCGUUUGAAAUUUAAAAAAAAAAAAAGAAUAAAUAAACAAAGAAAUAAAUUGCAGUUAAAGUUAGUAGCUCGGCAAGAAUGAAAUUUACCGUUUGGGUGUUAAAGAGAGGAAGAGAGAGGGAGAGAGGGAGAGAGGGAGUGAGUGAGAGAGAGAGGAAAAAAAGAGAAUUAGCCCGAGAAACAGGGGAAGGACUGAAGCAGCGAACAAAUGACAAAUGAAAUGAUUGGCGAGCCAUAAAAUGAGAUUUGAAACUCUUUCAAAUAAGAGAUCGCGACGUCAGAGCGCUUAUCCAUACGGAAUAGAGCGGCAAGAGAGGAAAAAAGCGCACACAAAAUAAGCGAGAGAGAAAGAGAGAGAGAGAGAGAGAGAGAGAGGCGAGUGAGGAGUGAACGUGGGGGAGAGACUUGAGAAAUAGGAGGAGCUUCUGGGCGACUAGAAAUGUCAAUCAGAGCAAAAGGCGUCCCAAUAAUCUAAAGCAAUCUGUAAGGACCUGACCUUAGUCCAUUCAGAUCAAUAGGGAAGCGAGGGAGGGAAGCGGCCGGCGGAUCGUUUACGCGCGGCCCGUUUUCGGAGGAAAUAUAGACUUCCCUUACACUUUUGUGCUCACUGUACACUGGAUAUCGUAGCGCUCAUCGAGAAAGCGAUUUUGGUGUGUGUGCGUGCGUGUGUGUGUGCGUGCGUGCGUGUGCGUGUGUUUGCGUGUACGUGGGUGCGAUUUCAGAAGACUGUUGUUGGGUGUCUUUUUUUUCCCCCCCAACUACAAUGUCUUUCCCACAGUUGGGAUACCAGUACAUCCGACCGAUAUACCCGCAAGAACGGCAAGGGAUCGGCAGCGCGCGCAGCGGGAGCGAGCUCAGUCCGUCCGGCACGCUCUCCAACGUUCUCUCCACCAUGUACGGAUCACCUUUCACCGCCGCACACACCUACGGAGCGUUUCUUCCUUAUUCAAACGACCUGUCCAUUUUCAGUCAGUUGGGAGCUCAGUAUGAGCUAAAAGACAGUCCUGGUGUCCAGCACCCAGCGUUUGCCCAUCCUCACCCUGCCUUCUACCCCUACGGCCAGUACCAGUUCGGAGACCCGUCCAGACCCAAAAAUGCCACCAGGGAGAGCACAAGCACGCUGAAGGCCUGGCUCAGCGAGCACCGCAAGAACCCGUAUCCCACCAAGGGCGAGAAGAUCAUGCUGGCCAUCAUCACCAAGAUGACCCUCACCCAGGUGUCCACCUGGUUCGCCAACGCCCGGAGGAGACUGAAGAAGGAGAACAAGAUGACCUGGGCGCCGCGCAACCGCACGGACGAAGACGGCAACGUGUACGGCAGCGACCACGAAGGCGAGGAUGGCGACAAGCGCGAGGACGAGGAAGAGAUCGACUUGGAGAACAUCGACACGGAGCACAUCGAGAGCAAGGACGAGCUGGACGAGCAGGACGAGCUCCACUCGGACUCCAAGCUGGACGCCAGCUGCGACUCGGAAAUCUCAGACGGCUAUGAGGAUUUACACGGGCCCGAGCCGAAGCUUUUAAAAGCCGUGGCCCAGGAGGGCAAAGACGCGCACGCGGAUGCAGACGCUGAGCGGCCCGAUCACUUCCAUCACCACCAUCACCACCUCCAUCACCACCAUCACCAUCACCUUCCUCAUUCAUUAGACCUCAAAACGCAGCCUCCCAGCAGCGAGCAGAUCAAACUCAACCCGGUGUCCAACUCGCCUCCGGCUGAGAACAACGCAGCCCCGGUGCAAAAACCUAAGAUCUGGUCUUUGGCUGAGACAGCCACGAGCCCGGACAAUCCCCGGAAAUCUCCACUCGUGAACGGGAGCUCGUCCCAGGCGGUCCUGCCUCCUCACAGACUCGUUUCAUGCCCGGUGGGCAAACUGCAGAACUGGACCAGCCGUGCGUUCUCGGCGCACCAGCUCGCGCUGCUCAACUCAAACCACUAUUUAGGACUGGCCAAUCAGGCUUCAGCCAACGGCCUCGCGCUCUACACCGGCAACAGGCACACGGAAGAGCGCAGUGUCAGCUCAGAGACUGCACACACAGGUACAUCACAUCCCCCUCACUGAGCCUGUGCCCACAUUUGAAUACUCCUCGUGAACAUGUUCCUCACGAACACUGUUUUCGUUUUCCUAUCCAGUGCAUAUAUAUAUAUAUAUAUAUAUAGAUAUAUAAAUAUAUAAAUAUUUUUUGUUGUUGUUCUACAAAACUCCGUGCUUUCAAAGAUUUAAAAGGCUAAACACUUGUAUACAGAAGGAGCAUGCGCAUUUAAGAGAGGGGAAGAAAAGCAUCAAAAAGUCUUUAGGUUUUUUUUAAGGCUGUUUUAAAAAGAUUUCCCAAACUCGAGCAGUGUAAAACCUUCUUCACUCAUAGUCUACCUGCAGUCAGGUGUCCAGAUGAUCAUGUGCUUGUCAUUGCUGUUAUUUCUGAGAGAUCUAGUGCCUUGGAAGCAGAGAGAAAGUUCAAAACAGCCCGUCAGAAUCACAAACUGUAUCCUGGCAAUUUUAUUUUCAACUGCAUAGUAAUAACAAUAAUAAUAAUAAUGAUGAUGAUGAUUUUAUUUGAUUUACGUAAUUGUGUAUUAGAUAGCCACACCAGAUUUCCAUAUUGUGCGUUUUUUUUCUUUUUUUUUUUUUUUUUUUUUUUGUUACUCUUAUGUAGCUUGAAUGUUCAAUGUCAAAAAAAAGGGUUCAAACAUCACAAACGCGUCGUUUGGCAAUAAUUCAAACGAAAAAAAAAAAAAAAAAAAAACAGGCUUCAAAAUCAAUUCCUUCCCAACAUCCAGGAUCAGGAUUACUUUGCUAUUUAAACUUUCACUUUCUUGUUCUCAAAUCUUUUCUAACUCCCCCCGUGUCUCUUAGGCCUCAGGACCAACCUGAAGCUGCCAUGUUAUUAUCCAAGCCCCUUUUUCUCCAUUUCCUCAUAGAGACUCUUUUAUAACUCUUCAUUUUAACCUGUCGUAAGGAAUGUAAAAAAAUGAAUAACACACCCUGUGUACUUACCUUGUAAGCAUGUCCUUGUGUAUAAUUGCUAAUGCAAUGCUGUAAAAAAUUGUAGUCUGUGAGGUUUUUUUUUUCUUCCUCUUAUUUUUUCUUUUCUUUUGUUUUGUGAGGAUUCGAUGUUGCAAUGUUUUGUAUAUAUAACGUAAAGAAAGAAAAUGUACAUACUUGUGAUCCAAAAUUGUACAAGAAAGUCUAUAUUUUGGCUAAUAAAUGAACUGCGGCAACUUAAA